GAAUCCAUGACUCUUUUUUUUUAGGUUUUAGAUGGGAGAAAUGUGGAUUAGCCUCUCGAGCGACGAGUAGCAUGUCGAGCGUCAAUGUUCUAUAGCCUGAUGAUUAGCCUGUCGAGCGCCUGCAAGGCGCAAGUUGCAUAAGGUUUGGUCACCUCUCAGCUCUUCCUCUCCGUCGCCUUCAGUUGCUCAUGUUGUGUUGUACAAAUGGAACCCUCUCACACCAUCCACAGGAGGGAAUCAAGUUGGCAGUGUGCUCAACAGCAACGAAGAGCUCGUUCGUGUUCUGUCUGACCAAUCUUUUGGGAAAGAGCGAUUCGAACAACUUGAUUGCUUCCUUGCAGGCGACGACGUGAAAAACAAGAAGCCAGAUCCGUCCAUCUACAAAGUUGCUGCUGAGAAACUAGGGGCUAAUCCGGAAAGAUGCUUGGUGGUAGAAGACAGUGUUAUCGGACUACAUUGCACUCGGAGCUGGCAUGACUUGCGUGAUCUCCUACACAUCUUCCACUUCUAAACAGGAUUUCGCCGGUGCGUCGGCGUCUUACCAAAAUCUCGGAGGAGUCAGUCGUGGAUUCAACUCCGGCUGUACUGUAAGAUUUCACCUUUUCAAGGAGAAUAAGAAUACUCAGGAUGCCUUGAUGAUUAUUGGCCGCAUGCUUGAAGUGAAACCCAAAUCGUAAUCCUUCGCAGGUACCAAAGACAAAACGAGCCGUCACUACGCAACAGGUAACUAUUUACAAGCAACCAGCAGCGAAAUUGGCUCUACUUAACAAGAAGCUUAUGGGAGUAAAAGUUGGUAACUUCAGAUGAUUUCCCUACUCGCUUCAAUCUUACUCUCAGUAUAGCAGUUGGACUUUGGACUCUACAUGUG